AUGGAUGUAUUCAAACAAGCUCUGAAAGACUAUUUUGUUUAUGAAGGUAAGGAUGUUAUAUACAUUAAGAAUGAGAAGCAAAGAGUAAGGGCUGCAUGUGCUGGAGAAUCUUGUCCGUGGUUGAUAUUGACUUCUUGGAAUAGUGCCAAUAGGUGCUAUCAAGUGAAAACUCUAUUUAAUGUGCAUAACUGUGGAAGAGACUUUGGAAGCAACUUAGCUGACAGGGCCUGGGUUACAUCCAAAUUGGUGAAGAGGCUUCUAACACAGUCUGAUAUGAAGCCAAAACAGGCUAUGGAACACAUGGUUGAGGAAUACAAUGUCCAUGUCAGUACAAAGAUGAUUAGCAGGGCAUUGAAAGCUACACGGGAGGUUGUAUUAGGCAAUGAGAGAGCUCAGUAUGGGAAAAUUCAGGAUUACCUGAUUGAGUUACAUAGAAGUAACCCUGGUUCAACAGCACUGAUGGAGGUUAUUCCUCAGCCUGAAUCUCUCCCUCUGUUUGAUCGGUUGUACAUAUGCAUGGAAGCCUGUAAGAAGGGGUUCAAAGAGGGGUGCAUGCCUUUAAUUGGAUUAGACGGAUGCUUUUUAAAAGGAUAUUAUGGUGGACAACUAUUAAGUGCAGUGGGUCAAGAUGCCAACAACCACUUUUAUGUGGUGGCCUUUGCAGUGGUACCGAAUGAGUACAAGGACACUUGGAAGUGGUUCCCGACUCUGUUGGCCGAAGACUUGGGAGCUGUUGGACAACAUGGGUGGAACUUUAUCUCAGAUCAACAAAAGAUACUUAAUGUUACUUAG